AGGUAACGUAUCGACGGUUUCAACCUGCCUCAUCAUGCGCUGUAAGCUCAUUGUGUUUCGCAACAGAUGUCGCCACCAUGAAAAAAUUCGCCGGCUCAGUGCGCGUGGUUACCUCGGAGCGGUGCGUUGAGAGAUACGUGUCUCGGGGGUAGUUCGCUGGGCAUGACAAUUCUGCGAUCGCGAAUUUCGAAAAAAGGUACCUCGUUACGCGCUUGGCAGCGCGUUCGCGUUAACUCCGCUCUGCUCGCACUCGCUCGCUCCGAGGCGGAAUUCGGCGGUGGUUCGCGCGUGCACCGAUCCGCACCAUAACCUCAUCCACGGACCGUGGUCGAAUCGUGCGCUGCACACUCGCGUUGACGAACUUUUCCGCAAUCGUAUGCCCGAACUGCCGUACCGAGUCGAGACGAUCAUCAGAGCCGCGUGGAAGCACACGAAGUCAACGUUAACGGACACAUCUCGCGACAUGGUGGAGAUGACCACACCGACGCAAUCCGUCGAUGGACAAACGCAAUUCGGUAACACGCGUCAACUCGAUCCAUCGGACUGCAUUUUCGUCUUCAAGAGCACGCUCUCGGAUUACGAGGAGCCGCCCUCCGACGAGGAGGUCGAUUUGAAGCCCCUGCGGGAGGCGGCGGUGGCGGUGCCCGCGCCGAAGAUCACCGAGAAGCGAAAAGCCGAGGAUGCCGACGCCAGCAAGGAUCUGAAGAAGGCAAAAUUGGAAACGAAAGCGCUGAAAGCGAAGAGGCCGGGAUUCACGGACGAGCGGUACAACGAGACCAGUUAUUACGUGGAGCACGGUCUCCGUAAGGUAUAUCCCUAUUACUUCACCUUCACGACAUUCACGAAAGGUCGAUGGGUCGGCGAGAAGAUCCUGGAGGUCUUCGCGAGGGAAUUCCGUGCCCAUCCAGCCGAGGAAUACGAGAGAUGUAUUCGCGCCGGCACCCUGACGGUCAACUAUCAAAAGGUGGACGUCGAUUACAGGUUACGGCACAACGAUCUCCUGGCUAACGUCGUCCACAGACACGAGGUGCCUGUCACCUCGGAGCCGAUCACGGUGAUACACAUGGACGAGGACGUCGUCGUGGUCAACAAGCCCGCCUCCAUCCCUGUGCACCCAUGCGGUCGUUACCGGCACAACACCGUGGUCUUUAUCCUGGCGAAGGAGUACAACUUGAAGAACCUCAGGACCAUUCACAGGCUGGACCGGCUGACGAGCGGCAUUCUCCUGUUCGGCAGAACGCCGAAGAAGGCGAGGCAGAUGGAGCACCAAAUAAGAAAUCGACAGGUCCACAAGCAGUACGUGUGCCGAGUGGAGGGUGAGUUCCCCGAGGAGGAGGUGAUCUGCUCGGAGCCGAUCGAGGUCGUCUCCUACAAGAUCGGCGUGUGCAAGGUCUCCGAGAAGGGCAAGGACUGCAUCACCCGCUUCAAGCGUCUCAGCUACAACGGCAAGUCGUCGGUGGUGCUGUGCAAGCCGCAAACCGGGCGCAUGCACCAGAUCCGCGUGCACCUGCAGUACCUCGGCUAUCCCGUGGUGAACGAUCCCCUGUACAAUCACGUGGUCUUCGGCCCGCACAAGGGUAAGGGCGGUAACAUCGGCAAGACCGACGAGGAGCUCGUGCGGGAUCUCAUCAGCAUUCACAACGCCGAGAAUUGGCUUGGCAUGGACGGCGAUUCCGACAUGAGCCUGUUCAAGCCGAAGCUGGAGUUGGAGGAGCGCAUGCUGGGCUCCGGCAGCGACAAGGACAACGGCUCCUCGCCGUCGUCCACCCCGGGUCUGGUCGAGGACGAGCAGCAGCAGCAGCAGCAACCGCAGCAGCAACAGCAACAGCAACAGCAACAGCAGCAGCCGCCGCCGCCGCCGCCGCCGCCGCAGCAGGAAUCUCUGAAAGUCACCGUGGGAACGCAGACCGGCUCGGAACCGCCGGAUUCCACUUUCGCCAACGACAAGGUCACCGUCGACCCGCACUGCUACGAGUGCAAAGUCAAGUAUAGGGACCCGAAGCCGUCGGACCUGGUGAUGUAUCUGCACGCGUGGCGUUACUGCGGCCCGGGAUGGGAAUACGAGACGCCGCUGCCCGCGUGGGCGGCGAGCGAUUGGACCGGCGACGAUCGAUAGUUCGGACGACGCGAUCGAAGACGAUCCGCGCGGAUUCCUCGGCGAGCGACGAACGUCGUCAUUGUCGUCGUCGUCGUCGUCGUCGAGUCUCGAUCCCCCCUUUUGAUAUCCUUACCCCGUGCCUUCCAUCCGCCAAUGAGCGAUCUUGACCAUCGUGCGCAAGCAAGUACAUGUAGACGAAUACACGCAGACAUACACACACAGUAGACAAACAGCCGUGCGUCCCCUGCCCUUUGCAACUUUGGCCGUCGGACUUUCCGGGAUGCUGCUGCGGUACGAGAGAGAAAUGGGAUUGCUGGAACAAUCUCACGUCGCUCGAUGUUUACAUUUCUGCAAACUCUCUCGUCGUCGAUAAGCGAUCGUAAGCGACAACUUGGCGUUAUCGCGAAGCAAUUUCCGACGAUUCGCCCGUUUACGCGCGCAGAAAUGCACGCUCGUCCUCUCUCGUGGCGAGUUAAUCCGUUCGCGUGCGCGCGUUCUCGUUUCGUUAUAUAUAUUUCUGGCAGAGUCUCUCGCGCAAAUCUCCCCCAUGCGGGCGAUCUUACGCGGGAAACGAUCCGAGACGCGAGACGUUAUUAUGCGGAUUAAUCAUAGCGACAAAAGACAGCCGUUGUUACCGAUCCUAUUACCGCAACGCUGCCCUGAUUUCUCGGGAGCCAGCUAUAAUAAAUCAGAUCAUCAUUAUUGUUAUUUUUGUCUCGCCGCAGCAAUGUUCUGGGUUUCUCAAUCAUGUUUCCUCCGAGCAAACCUGGAAGCGCCUUGUACAGUUAUGCAGUAAAGUCACGCCGAGAUGUCGUAAUAAGAUGCAAUGAUUGUUCCUAUACGAUCGUUUCUCUCCGCGUAACAGCCGCGUAAGAGGAUUUGAUCAAAUGUUCUUGCACGGUCGGUCGGUCGAUGUGGAUCUUGUAAGUCGCAGGACUUCGUUGUAGCUUCCGAAUUUAAUGAACAGUUUUUUCGUCAUUGAAAAGAUGUAUUGUGGACAAAUGUAAGAUGAUCUGUGAUUAUAUUGUCGCGAUAUUUGUCGAUCAAAAUGUUUUAACGAUAAAGACACGGGGGGCCGUACAGCGAA